UUAUAAAAAUAACUCAACUGAAAUGCUUUAAUAAUAAAAAUGAAAUUAAAAAAUAAAACGAAACAAUCCCCCACCAGCUGCGCGUGAUCCGAGCGUUCCGGAGCAUGUUGGAGGACCUGGAGGACAAGCGAAGCGUGCACAGCUUCCACAGCUUCCACGGCCUGCGCACAUCGCGGAGCCACCACGGGCCGCGCACCAAUUUCGCCGGCGACGACGCCGACUCGCGCUUCCUGCGCACCACCUCGCCCACGGCGGCGGCGGCGGCGUCUGGCGGUGGGGGUGCGAGCAGUGGCGUGGCGGCGGGAUUUCUACGCCCCUGCUCGGGGGGACGCGGGGGCAGCGCGCGCUACUACCACUGCAGCACGCCGCCGUCCAACACGUACCCUAACCUGCACCUCAAGUCGCAGUCGUACGAGAACGUGCCGCUGGUGGCGAAGCAGAGGGCGAGCGCGCUGCACGCCGCCACCAACCCCGUGUGUAAAGUCUCGCCCCCGCACAGCAGGUCCAAAACGCUGAGUCAGUCGGAUAUACACAAACACACAGAGACUGCUAUUUAGACACAAUGUGAGAACAUGACACGUUUAACGCAUCACUCACUACUUCUUUCGUUUUAUUGGUUUGGGGUUUGGGUUUGUUUGUUUUUUUUCCUCCCUAUUAUUUUUGAUAUUAUUAUUAUUAUUU